GCCACAUAAUACGCACAUUGAAGUUCUUGGGCUUCAGGCGAGUGCAUUUGCCCUUCACAGCAGAUUGUGAGAUCUUCACGCAAAACACUGGCUCGCAAAUCCUGCCGGCCAAAUCACAGUUGAGCCACUUUCAAGCCUUCAAAACACGAAUCGUCAACAACCAUGGUGGCCUUUGUCUGCCACAACUCUACUGCAGUGAUUGGCUCAGCUCCUCUUCCCUGCCUCGUCAAUGACGAUGGCGCCCCGGCUCUCAAGAAGCAAAAGGUCAGCUUUGAUGGACCACCAUGUGUCAUUAAUGAGUCUACACUAGCCGAAGAAUGCAUCACCCAUGAGGACCAAGUCUCCCGAUGGUGGUCUCAAGAAGACCUCGAUCUGAUCAAGCAAGGAGCCAAGAAAAUCAUCACCCCCCUCCGCAAACAAGCCAAGGAGCAUGGCUGCUUUAUCGAGACAGCCCACAAGAAGAUAUCGCUCAUGCUCACCAAUAACUUUCAAGAAUUGGUAAAGCUCGGCGCCGCCUCACCCGAUCAAGACCUCCGACACUGGUGUGCCCGCAGUGACGGCCGCCGUGGGUUGGAACGCUUUGCCUGCCAAGAAUAUGGAAGCAUGCGCCAGGACGAUGUUGCUUACACCCGCAAGUCCGUCCUUGAAGAGCAGAGGAGGCAACGAGGUGGCUUUGCAAAGGUCAGCCCUGAAGCCAUUGCCAAUGUCUCCAAGACAAGGUCACGACGAGCACGCACAUUCUCUCUCUUCAUGGGGGAAGCCGAUGCACAAGCUGCCUCUGCACCUUAA